AUGAAAUCAGAGACAGUGACGUUGGUGCUGGUGAAUCUGGCUGGUAUAAUGGAGAGCGCCAACGACGCACUGUUACCUGCAGUGUACAAGGAGGUAGGGGAAGCUCUGCACACCGACCCAACUGGGUUGGGCUCGCUCACUCUGUUCCGAUCCGUGGUGCAGUCCUCUUGCUACCCACUCGCCGCUUACCUGGCUAUGCGUCACAACCGUGCCCAUGUCAUUGCUCUCGGCGCUUUUCUCUGGGCCGCCGCCACCUUUCUCGUUGCCAUCUCCUCCACCUUCUUCCAGGUGGCAGUCUCACGGGGUUUAAAUGGAAUUGGACUUGCCAUUGUCAUCCCUGCCAUUCAGUCCCUUGUUGCGGACUCAACCGAUGAAAGCAACCGUGGUUUGGCUUUUGGAUGGCUACAACUGACAGGAAACCUGGGAUCCAUCAUUGGUGGGCUUUGCGCUGUCCUUUUGGCCUCAACCUCUGUCAUGGGGAUAUCUGGUUGGAGAUUUUCUUUUCAUCUCGUUGGAAUCAUAAGUGUCACAGUUGGUAUAUUAGUCCGCCUAUUUGCAAAUGAUCCGCAUUUUUCUGAUAGCAAUAGUUCAGCUAGAAAUCGAGUCCAUAAGCCUUUCUGGUCAGAUGUUAAGGAUCUACUUAAUGAAGCAAAAUCAGUAAUUAGAAUCCCAUCUUUCCAGGUAAUUGUGGCUCAAGGUGUUUCUGGAUCAUUCGCCGGGGCAGCUUGGGCGUUUACCCCAAUGUGGUUGGAACUUGUAGGUUUCUCCCAUGAAAAGACAGCAUUCCUUCGGACCAUACAAGUGAUUGGUGUUUCACUUGGUGGUCUGUUUGGUGGAUGGAUGGGGGAUAUCAUUGCAAAACGUUUACCCAAUUCUGGAAGAACAAUUAUGUCACAGAUAACCACGGGUGUAGCCAUUCCUUUAACAGCAGUUUUGCUACUAGUAUUGCCUGAUGAUCCAUCCACAGCAUUCUUGCAUGGACUGGUUUUGUUCAUCACUGGAUUUUGCACAUCCUGGGCUGCGCCAGCAACUAACAAUCCGAUAUUUGCAGAGAUAGUCCCAGAGAAGUCUCGUACAAGCAUCUAUGCUUUGGAUUCAUCAUUUGAGUCCAUGCUAGCAUCAUUUGCUCCUGCUGUAGUUGGGAUUUUGGCUCAGCACGUUUUUGGUUAUAAACCAAAUAGGAAAUCUUCAAACCCCGUAGAAAUUGGGACAGAUAAAGAGAAUGCUGCAUCACUUGCCAAGGCACUCUACUUAACAAUUAGCAUUCCAACUGCAAUUUGCUGCUUUGUCUACUCGUUCCUCCAUUGCACGUACCCAAGAGACCGCGAACGGGCAAGAAUGGAUGCACUGAUAGUAUCAGAAAUGCACAAACUGGACGCUUAUGACUCUCCUUUGAAUGGCACUGACAUUGACAUUGAUUGUGAAUGGCAGGAGAGCCAUGGUUUGAAUGAUAUUGAUAACAAGUUAUCUCUGCUUUCCCAUCAGCAAACAUUCACAAACCAGGAAGAACAGUGAUCCUGCCUUACUCUUCUCCCAGCAUGCUCACUUUUAUUGUUAUAGUCUUUGCUAUAGAUUCUUUUUUUGUAAAGUCAAUCUCAUUGUUACGUACUGAUUUAA